AUGAACAGUGCACAGCAAAAACAGAAAGAGGCGUUGGAGCCUCCAGUUAAUGCGGUGACAAACAUACCCGCGCAUGUAUCCAUUGAAGUCCUUGGGAACGGUACAUGCCAUCUACGUGCUUGUGUGGCGCUACGCACUCCACUGAAAACGUACCUAUUCAACUGUCCGGAAGGCACGUCUCGUUUUUUACCGCAACUUCGAAUGAAGUCGCUUAAUGUCAACGACAUUUUCAUAACACGAGCUACGUGGGAUAAUAUUGCUGGAAUAUCGUCUAUCAUGUUAUCAAAAGAAUCUAAUUGUUUACCAACGCGGAUACAUGGUGCGAUGAAUAUAAAGCAUUUCCUAGAGUGCAUUCGACCAUUUCAGGAUACGGAUUAUGGAUCGGCAAAAUAUCCUUCACAAGUUGAGGAAAGGCCGUAUACUUUGGAAAGUUAUGAGGAUGCUGCUUUAAAUAUCACGUACCUACCUCUUAGUGCACCUCUGCGAAAUGGAGCUGUGUCUGCACAGAUCACGACAGAUUCUUUGAACGUGGCUUAUCUGAUCGAACUGAAACCUCCUCCGAGACGAAUUGAUCCUCUAAAAUUGAUAGCGCACAAAGUUCCAAAAGGCCCGCUUAUAGGAAAACUGAAGAGUGGUAACACUAUUAUACUACCAGAUGGUCGAACCAUUCAACCUGACGAUGUGUUCUCUACCGAUACACCAACGGUUCACUAUUCAGAAGAAAAAUCGCGUGCUCUGGUGUUUGAGUGUUCUGGAGAAGCACAUAUAAAAGCGAUUAUUGAAAAUUCGGUAAUGCAGGAUUUCCUGAACGGUACAAAGAAACUCGACUAUAUCGUUCAUUUGAGUGAGGAAAGUGUUAUUCACAUGCCUCUCUACCGGAAUUUUGUAGAUUCGUUAGCGAAAUCAUGUUGUCACAUUGUCGUCAAUUCGUCUUGCCCAAUAGUACCUGGGAUUGAAAGUAUUUUUAGUGCAAUAACUUCAGAAGCGAAGCGACUUCGCGAAAGGUUAUCAGAUCAGUGUGAGUAUCCACGAGUGUCAUUUCUGGGAACGUCAUCGGCUGUGCCAUCGAAAUAUAGAAAUGUCAGCGGAUAUCUUCUAGAAGCAAGUUCUAAUUGUGCUAUGCUUGUCGACGUUGGAGAAGGAACCUAUGGACAAAUGCGUGUAUUGCUUGGGGAAGAGAAGUGUCGUGAGGUUUGGUUUCAUUACUGGAUUUUGUCUCCUGGACCGCCGACAAAAAGGCGGCGGUUGCCAUCACCGGUAUUGUCCGCUUGUCGUAAUGUGAUUGAACUUAUGCCCAAGGAACUGUUUAAUGAAGAUUCAUGGAACAUCCAAGAGAUAAAGGCUGUACAGGUUCAUCAUACGAGGAUGGCUAAUGGUUUUAUUUUUGGUAUUGGUGGGAAACGAAUAGUAUUUUCUGGCGAUACAAAGCCAUGUGAUCUGUUGGUAGAAGAAGGACAGAAUGCAGAUUUGCUGAUCCAUGAGGCAACAUUUGAAGACGGUCAUGAGGCGGAUGCAUUGAGGAAAAAACAUUCUACAAUGGGUCAAGCAGUUGAAAUCGGUCGGAAGAUGAAAGCGCGUAAUGUGAUUCUGACCCAUUUCAGUGCUAGAUAUCCAAAGGUUCCUGAGUUACCGACAUAUCUUGAAAAGUGUGGAAAUGUUGGAGUAGCCAUGGACAAUCUUAGAGUCCGGUUCGAUCAGCUUGAAUUGGUUCCAAAACUGUUGCCCAUUUUCAGGUGCGCUUUUUUAAAAUUCAUCUGA